CUACUCUGCAUUUGAUACAAGACGUUUAGGGGCUACGAUCGACGUUGAACACUCGAAUUUACGCUUCCUCAACAACAUGACACUCAAUCUUUGGGAUUGCGGUGGACAAGACGUAUUCAUGGAGAAUUUUCUCAGCAACGACUCGGACAAUCAAAAUUCCAAUUCUUCAAGCAAUAUAUUCAAAAAGUGCGAGGUUUUGAUCCAUGUUUUCGAUGUUGAGAGCAAGGAGGUCCAGAAAGACAUAGAGAUAUUUAAGCGUGUUUUAGAUAACCUCCACAAAUUCUCCCCGGGAGUCAAGAUAUUUAUUCUAGUCCAUAAGAUGGACUUGAUUCAGAUCAACAAAAGACAGGAACUUUUUGAUAUCAUGUUCAACAAGUUGCACCACGUUGCUUGGGAUAAUUACAAAUUCAAGAUCAAAGGGUUUGCAACUUCCAUUUGGGAUGAAAGUCUAUAUAAAGCCUGGUCCCAAAUUGUCUGCUCGCUGAUUCCAAACAUUUCGCUAUAUGAAGAACUUCUAAGUAAAUUCAACUCAAUACUCAAUGCCAGAGAGAUGAUCCUUUUUGAGAAAACAACAUUUCUCGUGAUAUCUUCCACUAACAAAUUUAAUGCUGGCUCCGAUGAACUAGAUCCAAAAAGAUUUGAGAAAAUUUCCAACAUUAUCAAGACCUAUAAGCAAAGCGUGAACAAGAUCAGAACAAAUUUCAACAAUCUGGUUCUUCAUGGUCGUAACUCCUCUAUUUAUUUGGACGUGCUUACCUCAAACAUAUACAUUAUGAUUAUUAUGGACAACCCGAAAUCAACAUUCACGGGAUACCAGAUAGAUGACGAAAAUCUAGUUCUUGAAAACAUCAAGGUGGCAAGGGCAGAGUUUGAAAAGAUAGAAAAGGGAGCAUGAAUAGCUCUAAAGAUAGAACUUCUUUUUCUCUUUGUCCAUGUCAGGACGAUGCUCCCAGUCAAUCUCCUCCUUAAUCCCACGUUGGACUCUGCGAAGUUUCAAUGUGAACUGAGGUCCAAGUUCCUGUAAUCCCACCCUCUCCUCGUUCUUGAACACAUAUCUGUGCAUUCUGAAAAAAAUAUAGUCUCUUUGGUUGUGCAGCGUGAUCACUUGACGUCCUUGAAUUUCUGGUUUGUGUGGAAACAGUGACUGGAACAGUCGACACACUGUCUGACCCAACCGCGUUGUGAAAUUAUUCAAAAUGAGCUCCGGUAUAUGCUCUGUUGAGUUUCCAUGACCAAUAAUUUGCUUUCUGUCUCUGAGAGACGAGAUCGAAAAAUAGAAUGUUGGACCUUGUGGAAGAUGAAUGAAAGUUAUACCAUUCACCACUUUUUUAUCCUCGUUGAUGACGAUAAGAUGAGUAAAAUCUCUGUUAGAACAAUAUUCGCUCAUGUCCUUCAUGGAAUACUCUCUCUUUCUUUUGACAAAAGAUGAGUUUGGAAUAAUUUCCAUUAGCGUAGAAGCAAACUUGUAUGCUGCUUUCUUUGCGUGCGGACUAGUAGUUAUCAAAAUUUUUGGUUCUUUUUCUCUGUUUGUGAAAUACUCAGCAAAGUCAUCUUCACCCUCCAGUUCGGUGUUCACAGUCUCGUCGUAGACUCUCAUGUUUUCAAUAGUGUUUGGCACAUUCUCAGCAAGCCGUUUAGCUUUCAGCUCCGGAUUUUGUAGCUCUUCCUUCGCCCUGGCUGCUCUUAUUUUGUGUUUCUUUUUAUUUUGUUCAUCUUUGAGUUUAGCAAACAACUGCUGUCGUUUCUGCUUAUUCUUUAUCGACUUUAGCUUUUCAGUCGAGGGGGACAUCCUAAUACUAUUUUACU